GCCAGAGGCUGAGGAUGGCGACCAUAGAGGAGGACCCAGAAGCUUCGUGUAGCAAACUAAGCCCAUCACCAUCAAACACAAGCCUGACUCACCGUUUCCUCGACAAUAAGUUCUAUUUGCUAGUAGUUAUUGGGGAAAUUGUUACCGAAGAUCAUCUGAGAUGUGCCAUUUCAGAUAUAGAGCGAGGUAUCCGCUCUUGGGACACAGAUUUGAUAGCCUGCAACUUAGAUCAGGAACUCAAACUCUUUGUAUCACGCCAUUCAGCUAGAUUUUCAGCAGAUGUUAGAGGUCAGAAAAUCCUUCACCACAGAAGUGACGUCUUGGAAACUGUUGUCCUGAUCAACCCUUCAGAUGAGGCAGUGAGCACGGAGGUACGUCUCUUGAUCACUGAUGCUGCUCGACAUAAGCUGCUGGUGCUAACUGGACAGUGCUGUGAAAACACUGGGGAACUAAUUCUGCAAUCCGGUUCAUUCUCCUUUCAGAACUUCAUUGAAAUUUUCACAGAUCAGGAGAUUGGAGAACUACUGAGCACCACACAUCCAGCCAAUAAAGCCAGUCUCACAUUAUUCUGUCUUGAGGAAGGUGAUUGGAAAAAUACAAACCUAGAAAAACAUAACCUACAGGACUUCAUCAAUAUAAAACUAAACUCGGUCUCUAUUCUGCCAGAGAUGGAAGGACUUUCAGAAUUCACUGAAUAUCUCUCCGAAUCGGUUGAGGUACCAUCAUCCUUUGAUGUGUUGGAGCCCCCAGCAUCAGGAGGCUUCUUGAAACUGUCAAAACCUUGCUGCUACAUUUUCCCCGGUGGGAGAGGGGACUCUGCUUUGUUUGCCGUGAAUGGGUUUAAUAUGCUUAUCAAUGGAGGCUCCGAUCGCAAGUCAUGCUUCUGGAAAUUGAUUCGACAUUUAGACAGAGUCGACUCAAUCCUGCUCACCCAUAACGGAGCUGAUAAUCUCCCUGGAGUCAACAGUUUGUUGCAACGUAAAAUAGCAGAACUAGAAGAGGAACAGUCGCAAGGGUCCACCGCUAACAGUGACUGGCUGAAGAAUCUGAUCUCACCUGAGCUGGGGGUCGUUUUUCUUAACGUCCCGGAAAACAUGACAAACUUGCAGCCUAAUUUUAGGGUCAGAAGGAAUACUGAGGAAACCUUUCUUACUCUCCAGUGCUUAAACAAAUUGUCUAUAAAGCCAGAACCCCUGUACAGGACUGUAGGAAAUGUUAUUGAUCCAGUAAUACUUUUUCAGAAAAUGGGUGUGGGAAGAUUAGAAAUGUACAUUUUGAAUCCAGUGAAAGGAAGCAAGGAGCUACAAUUUUUCAUGCAACAUUGGUCCAGCAACAACAAGGCUAAAACCGGACUAGUGUUACCAAAUGGCAAAGAGGCAGAAAUUUCAUUUCCAUAUAUGACUUCAAUAUCCUCACUGAUUGUAUGGCAUCCGGCUAAUCCAACCGAAAAAAUAGUCCGUGCCCUGUUCCCAGGAAAUGCUCCACAGUACAAUAUUCUGGAUGGAUUAGAAAAGCUCAAAGAUUUAGAUUUCCUUAAACACCCAGUGGUAACUCAAAAGGAGCUGUCCAUUGGCUUGGCUGUCCCAAAUGUUAAACAAACCAAGAUGAAACAACGGAGUGAUAGCAAGGAGAGUCUCAAAUCUAAUUCGAAGCCACCCGCUGCGAAAGGAGUUAAGAAGGAAGAAACACCAGAGGUGGUAAAACCUACUGCAGUUAGUCAACAAGAGGCUGUUAAAGAAAAACUGCAAAAGGUAGAGAAAAAGGAAAAACCUGCAGUUAAGAAGGAAAAGACCAGAACAGAGUCACAAUCAAAGCCCGAUGAAAAGGAAACAAAAGCAAAAGAGGACACAGCUAAACAGGAACUUGAAGAAAAAACGGUGAGAGAUGACAAACUAAAAGCUGAGAACAAACCCAAACCUGUCAGGGAAAAAAUUGUGAAGAAAGAGGUUAAAGCAAAGAAACCAGAAGACAAGAAGAAAGAGGAAAAGGAAGUGAAGAAAGAGAACGUGAAGUCAGAGGCAAAGGAAGAUAAAGCAGUUACUAAAAAAGAAAAGGUUACUAAAAAAGAAGAGAAACCUAAGAAGGAAGAAAUAAAGAAAGAAGAAAUAAAGAAAGAAGCCAAGAAAGAUAUUAAAAAAGAAGUGAAGAAAAAAGAAACCCCAGUGAAAGAGGUAAAAAAAGAAGAAAAGAAAGAGAUGAAAAGAAACGACAAAGAUGUCAAGAAAGACCUGAAAAAACCUGCUAAGGAAACUAAAAAACCCAUCCCUGUAACCGAGACCAAAAAAGUACCAACAAAACCCAAAGUGGAAAGGAAAACUGAACCAAUAAAGAAGGAAGACUCUACGCCAAGUAAGCCAAAAGAGAAAGGAAAGCCAAAACCGAGCAAGAAAGAGACCAAAAUGGAAACUGUUGCUGUGGCAGGGACAGCAGCAGCAGCAGCAGUGACUGCAGUGACUGCAGGUGAACUUGAGAUUGAACGAUCACGAAUGUCUUCACCAGAAGAUUUAACAAAAGACUUUGAAGAACUUAAUGAAGAAGAGAAAAGAGAAAUGCAAGGACCCAUAGCCCCAUCAGAAAAUUCAAUAAAUAAUGAAGUGCAAGAAGCCACACUUGUGAAAAAGACAGGGUUUAUAAUUCAUGGAGACUCUUUGGAGACGGAUGAAUCUCCUGAUGAGGGAAUAACAACCACUGAAGUCGAAGGUGAAUUUGAGCAGUCUCCUCAAGAGUACAUUGAAACUCGAAAUAAGGUUACAUUAGAAAAAUUUGAGGAUGAAGGUGCUGCUUUUGAAGAAUCUUCUGAACCUGGAGACUAUGAGGAAAAGGCUGAGACAGAAGAUGUUGAAGAGCUAGCAGAAGAUAUAGUAGAAAAUAUGCUUCCAGGCAAAACAGAACAUGUCUUGACUGGCACAAAGGUCGAGACCGACGACAUUGAAGCCGAAGAACUAAUUGAAACUGAAGAACCAAUUGAAGAUGACGAGAUAGAAAAAGAAGAGACAGAAGAGUCUGAAGCUGGGGAUGAUCACAGGGAACGAGAAGGCUUUCCAGAAAAGGCUGAACAAGAGGCAGAAGAGGAAGAAAAAAGAGUUGAUCUUAACAAAGAAGCUAAAACUUAUGCACAGAAAGAUUUAAGUAUGGCUGAAAUCACUGAGAUACAUAAAGUAAAAGCUCCAUCCCCUGAUGCAGCUUUGGAUAAAAUCUCUGCACUCCAUUCUUCAAUUAUUGAUCAAACGAUGCUGAUUCGUAAUGAAACAAUGCCAACUGAUUUUGAAAGUGAAAUAACAGUUUCUGAUGAAGAAACCCAUGAAGAGCCACCAGAAGAAUUUACAGCUACAUCAGGUUUUACUCAAUCUACAAUUGAAAUUUCAAGUGAACCUACCCCAAUGGAUGAUAUGUCCACACCGAGAGAUAUUAUGAGUGAUGAGACCAAUAAUGAGGAAACUGAGUCACCUACUCAGGAGUUUGAAAGCAUGACAAAGCUUGAAACUACUGUCUUUUGCCAGGGUCAUGAGGGAGCUAAGCUUUCUCCAGUUCCUGACACUUACAAUGGACUCUCAAUAGAAACUUCAAAAACAGAAGUGACACAAGGUGAUGAUUAUCCAGCAUCAGCCUCAACAAUAUCUCCUUCAUCUUCUCUGGAAGAAGACAAGUGCUUUAAAUGUCCAUCACCUGGCAUCUAUGUUCCUAAGUCUGAUGAAUUUGAAAAACAGGAAGUUUUAGAGAAUGAAAAACAAGCAAAUCAGAUAAAAGAUCUUGAAGCCAAAUUAAGCCCCGCACGGAGUCCAGUUGGUUCUUCACCACAGUCUAGAUCACCUUUGAGUGAUCAGAAUGUCAACUUUGAUUUGACUCCAUCAGAUAUCAAGGCAUCCACAGAUCUUACAACCUCUGACCACGAAACUCCAGAUGAUCAUUGUGCUAGUCCUGAAGAAAAAACACUAGAGAUGGCAUCUCCCACCCAAUCUGGUUCCCCUAGUGCUGGCCACACUCCAUUUUAUCAGUCUCCGGUAGAUGAGAAAGAUAGUAAAGUCGCAACUGAAUUAACAGGAAAAUUGCCAGCCCCAAUUAUUAUUGAGACUGAUGACAUGAAAGCUGAUGAGACCAGUCCAAGAUAUAGCCCCAUGGAUGAGCCAGUACCUGAUUCAGAAUCACCUGUAGAAAAGGUUCUAUCUCCAUUACGAAGCCCGCCAAUGUUGGGUUCCAGUUCACCUGUUGAUAGUUCUCCUAAUGAUGGAGAAGAAUUCCCAGUACAGUUUCUUGAAGGUGCAAUGGAACUCUCAAGUGAUAAGCUUAAACUUCUUUCUUCACCCCAUCUUUAUCCAUUUAAUGACUUUUCGUCCAGCUCAGUUGCGCCUGAAAAGCAACGUGCAGCAGAUUUCGAAUUGUUGACUCCCAAAGAUAAUUUCAGCCAAGAAUGCAAAGUGGAAGAAAAUGCUACUGCAACCUUCCCGUCACUCGGUCCCUUUGAAACUCAGAAAACUGCAGCUGAACUGUCCCCAACUCUGGUCGAUCUCAGCCAAAUCGGUUCUGUUAAAGAAGACAGCAAAAUGUCGAUUUCUGAAGGAACCACAUCCGACAAAUCAGCUACUCCUGUCGAUGAGGUGGUAGCAGAAGACACUUAUUCCCAUAUUGAAGGUGUAGCUUCAGCUUCAACAGCAUCUCUUGCCACAAGCUCCUUUCCAGAACCUACAGCAGAUGAUGUGUCUCCCUCGUUGCAUGCAGAGGUCGGAUCCCCUCAUUCAACUGAAGUUGAUGAAUCCCUCUCAGUGUCUGUUGUCCAAACGCCUACAACUUUCCAAGAAGCUGAAGUUUCACCUUCUAAAGAAGAUUGUCCAAGGCCCAUGUCGAUUUCCCCUCCAGAGGUGUCUCCAAAGACUGCAAAAUCUCGAACUCCUGUACAGGAAGUGAGAUCACCCGAGCAUUCAACAAUGUCAGUAGAGUUUAGUCAGGAGUCACCGGAACAGUCUUUGGCUUUGGACUUCAGUAGACAAUCUCCUGAGCAGCCUGCGUUUAAUGCCAGCUUCCAGCACAUAUCUGAAAAUGGACCCACUGAAGUAGAUUACAGUCCAUCAGAUGUGCAUGAGCCUGGAUUUAUCCAGCAUGCUCAUCCGACACUUGACAGAUCAUUCUAUGGCCAAGAACUGGAUCAUUUGCAAUUCGGUUCCACCCCGCCAACAGAGGCUUCUCCAUCAUCCUCAUCUGCUCGUACACCGCAAACCAGUUCUCCAUUGCAGGAGGAAUAUGGUGUUUGUUCUUCAGCCCUAUCUGGAAAACCAGUUAAUAUUGAAGUGCCAAUGGUUUCAGAAAGGGUACCAUCUGCCCAUUCACCACAGGGAACUUCUCCACUGCAGGAUCAGGAAGAGCUGCAAAUGUUUGACCUUUCACAGCCUCUUGCACUUGCAAAAGAAGUAUCUCAUCUGCACAUGUCUGAUUCAUCAGGCCCAGGCCCACUGCAGGAGAAGAGUCCGGUAGGAUCAUCAAUGAUAUCUCCUUCUGAGCAGGUAUCUGCUGUUUAUGCAUCACAUUCCUUACCAGAGCCUGCCCUCUGUCAAAGCAAAAUUCCAAUAAUGCAGUCAGACAUGGGAGAAAUUGAGACAUUCAGCAGCAAGCAAGAUAAAGCAAAAGAUGGAUAUGAGCUUGAAGAUGACCAUUUUGCAUCCAGAUCAGUGCACCCAGCAGAGGUUCAACCUGCUGUUGAAACAUGCUUUAAGACUCCGACUUCAUUCCGGCUCAACAUAGCUGAUCUUUCCCCUUCUUUCAUCAAUCCAAGCCCAUUAGAAUUCUUUGAGCAAGAUGACAUCGCUGAAGAUCUUGAGAGACCACUUACGCAAAGCGGGGGAGGCCAGCCUCCAUCUGGUGGAAAGCAGCAGGUCCGGCAAUGUGAUGAUACCCCAGGAACAUCGGUCAGCGAGUCUGCUCCAUCCCAGACUGAUUCCGACUUUCCACCUGGAACAGAGGAAUGCCCUUCGAUCACUGCGGAUGCUGCCUUAGACUCUGAAGAUGAGUCUGAAACUCUCCCGACAGACAGAACACUUGUACACAGACAAAUAGACCCCCCGCCUGUUCCACUGAUGGAUCCUAGUCCACCUCCACCACAUCCAGAUGUUUGCAUGGUUGAUCCCGAAGCAUUGCCUACUGAUCAGAGCUUGGCAAAGGCAGAUAAGCCAUUGAAGAAAGAGGUUAAAGAGAGAACAAAGACCAAAAAACAGGCCACAAAGACAAAGUCUUCCUCUCCUUCCAGAAAAGCUGACAGCAAACCAAAGCAUUCCAGUGCUCCUUCCAGAACAAACCCUUUAGUAUCUGCGAAGGAAUCAGCUGAUAAAGCAGCAAAAACAGCUUCCCCUAAGAAGAAGGAUUCAGUGGAGAAAGGAGCCAAGCCUCACACUAAUCCAGAAACAAAGAACGCCCGAGGUGAUGACAAAGAAGCAAAAAAUGCCACGAACACCACAAAUUUAAAAUCUGCACAUACAACUAAAAAUCCAGCUUCCAGCAGCAGUAAGGCAGCAGGCAUGCCAUCAGUGCCUCCAGGACCUCCUGUGUACCUUGACCUGGUAUACAUUCCAAAUCACUGCAGUGCCAAGACUGUGGAUGCAGAGUUUUUCAAACGAGUGAGAUCUUCCUACUAUGUAGUGAGUGGAAAUGACCAUGCAGCGGAUGAACCAAGCAGGGCUGUACUGGAUGCUCUCCUGGAGGGCAAGUCUCAGUGGGGUAGUAAUAUGCAGGUUACUUUAAUCCCAACCCAUGACUCAGAUGUCAUGAGGGAAUGGUACCAGCAAACGCAUGAGAAGCAACAGGACCUGAAUAUCAUGGUACUAGCAAGUAGCAGCACUGUCGUCAUGCAAGAUGAAUCGUUCCCUGCUUGCAAGAUCGAAUUGUAACUGGGAGUCCCAUAUAACCAGAACAUUCAACCAGUUGUCUAAGGGGAAGCACUCAAAUGGAAAUUUUUUAAAAAAUGAGGGAAAGCAGAUGUAAAUGAGUGUCUGCUGAAUAUUGUACGAUAGAUUUGUUAUACAGGUCACUAGCGUGUAACACUUUCCAGACUAUUUAGUUCCUAUGCUAAGGCAACACUUUCGUAUUCCUAAACAAGUAACAACAGGGUUUAAAAUACUUGAAUCAGCCAAGCUCCGUAUCCAUUACGUUUGGGCUGUGGUUGAUCCUCGUUCAGGAUUUUUAUGUUUUGAAGAAACUGAUUUAGUGAAAGAAAAGCUACAUGAUUCUUACCUGUGGGGACAGAACUUUUACACAAAAAUAAACCACCACAACAAUAGUUGAAAUGUGUGAAAUUUAGCUUUUUAAUGACUACAAUGCUGUGCAAAGACAGUACACAACUCCAUGUGGUAAUGCAACAUGUGCUAAACUCACAAGUAUUUUGAACCCUAUUCACGUAACCAGCCCAUCCACCCACCGCCCAUUAAUAUGCAGAGAUAUUUAACUAAGGCAUGUUCCCUGUGUACCAGCUUCUUGACAGAUGUAAUUCUGCAUAUGAACAUGGCAUAUUGCCAUUAAGCCUUGAUAAAACUGCAUGCUUAAAAAAAAGACAGCUAAUAUACUUAAGCAGAAACCAAAGGAGUUGGGAGUACACAUACUAGUCAUUUUGCCUUAGACAGUGACUUGAAUGUAUUGUGAUCUAGGUUGCACUUUUUAAAAAAAAAUGAGGCAGACAACAGAUCAGCAGUAAAGAUCAGUAUAGGACAGUAGUUUGGGUAAUGCUGUGAAGUAUGUGGGUGUGAGUGUGUUUGUAUGUGUAUAUGACCCUACAAUAUCCUUAAGACCAGUCAUAGCAUAUGUUAAAAUGUGAUGUCUGCUUUAUUUUCUAAUUUUUUUUAAGCAAGCACAGGUUCAGGUGGAAUUGGAAUAUUGAAGAAGAAUCAUUCCAAAUAUGCAGAAAGUUUUCUUCUUUUUAAGUUACAUUAACAUAUUAUUAAUGAGGACCCUCAUUCUUGUUGCAAGAAUUAUUUAUUUUUAUAACCAAAAACAUCAAUUACGGUUUAAUGGGUGGAUCCAUGAUGUUGAUUUGGGCAGAGUGUGCUCUUGUAACUAGCUAAACCAUUGACCAUUUAUAAUGCUAAAAAAUCACCUUAUAGAAAUCCUUAUAAUUUAAUAUUACAUCCAUGUUUGACAUGAUCUUAUAAUGUGCAGUCACUGGUGUAAUAUUGUUAAUGUUGUACAGUUCAAAAUUGAAUUGUCUAUUUCAAAUUCUAUUUGAAAAAGAUCCAACAGUGGAAAAGCACUUUGCCAUAACUACUUCAACAUGUUGUACCUGCACAACAUUUGUAACCAUAAAAUUUUGUUUCACCUGAAAACAAACUCAAGACACAAUUGUACAGGUGUAAGUCUAAGUAUACCAGAUUGUAUGAUGAACAGAAUUGUACUUUUUGUUAGAUAAAGGGUUUAGAAAGGUUGAAUGCAUUUCUUCUCCCUAGCUUGAAAAGUGUGGGAAUACAGUGUCAAAACCUGGGAGACACUCAAACAAAAUCUUCUUAUAUUGUACUGGUUAAAAACAAGUGCAGCUUGUUUUGGGGGAAAUAAACUAGGCAAUUUCAUGUUGUACCAUACUGAAUUUCCAUUUGGGAUAUUGCUAUUGAAAAUAUCAGAAAUUUCAGAAAUUAACUUCCACUGUUUAAAUAUGUCUGUAGAAGAUGAUAUUCAUUGGUUAGUUGAAGAUUGAAGUUAAGGCUGGAAAAAAUAAAGCUAUUUUUAGUCAGAUGGUGUAUCCGUUAGCAGUUCAGCAUCCACUGAGUAGGGUAAUUAGAGUCUACAUAUGCCAUUUAGAUAUCAAGACAAUUGCAAAUACUCAUUGUAAAGAUUGGUCAUACUUUAGUUCCUACUUUCCUAGUAAAACUAGUAAGGAAGCUUGCACAUUUUGUGAAUGUGAUAUUUUUGAGUUAAGAAUGUGUUUUUCGGUAAAAAUAUUUGGUUUGUUGAAUCAGGGAAUAUUCAAUUUAGGAGAAGCACAGGCUUUGAAAUGGUUAAUAAAUGCUUACAGGUUAAACAAGUCGUACUGGGAUCUUGAAUUAGUUGUAUUAAGC